GUCACCUCUGAGAUCUCUCAUGUGGAGAGCCUCAGUAUCUCUAGUACCACAAAGCCUCCUAGUCAAACUGAAGGCAGCAGCCCUACACAUAUGGCAAUCACUAAAGUCUCUGCUAGUAAAGUCUCAAGUCCACUUGAGAAAAGCCCUGUUACUGUUGGGAAAAGUUCUAGUCCAGUUCCCGCUGCCAGGGGCUCCAGUCCAGUAGUUGUUUCCAAGAGCCCUAGUCCUGUUACUGUGUCCAUAAACCCUAGUCCCAUUCAUAGAACCAAGAGUCCUAAUCCCCCUGAUCUUAAAUGCUCCAGUCUAAGUCAGUCUGACAAGAACCCAAGCCCAGUCCCUAAAAGUCCACUUCCCAUAAGUCAUAGUCCAGUCACAGUUCCAAGGCUUUCAAGUCCCGUUCCAAAAAGUGCAAGUCCAGUGAUGCUCCCUGAUAUCUCCAGUUCAGUAACCGCCCCAAAGAGCGCAAGUCCAGAAACAGUUCCCAAGUGUGCUAGUCCAGUGUCAAUUCCAAGACUUUCAAGUCCAGUUCCAAAGAUUGCGAGUCCAGUGACAGUCCCUAAUAUCUCUAGUUCAUCAGGCGUACCCAAGAGUUCUAGUCCUGAGACAUUGCCAAAGAAUGCUAGCCCAAUAAUACUCCCAAGGCUUUCAAGUCCAGUGACAGUUCCCAAAAGUCCUGCUUCAGUCAUCAGAAAAAGUUACACAGUUACAGGCGCCAGCAGUCCCAGAGCUUCACCAGUUCCAUCUGUCAAUGUACCAUCAAAUAGCCUGUCUUCCCCUCUUACACAAAAGAAAGGAGGUGAGAUGCUGGAUGUAACAUGGCCAUGUCGGGAGCCUUUAUUAGAUGAAGCUUUAGACAGACUCUUAGCCCCUGACUCCACCCAACUGAGUAUGAACCAGCCACCUGCUUCCAUUAUGCCUGGAGAUGAAGACAGAUCUUGGGAGGAAGAAGAUGGAAUUUACCCUGAUCUCAGCCGAGAGGGAACCCUGACACCCAUGACUGAGUCCAGCUGGAUGGACGAGUGUUUCACCCCCUCCACCUGCCCCGGGACACCAGAUGCAACGCUGGACCUUCCCACACAGCAGCCUUCUGCUGUCGAGCGACUAUCAGCUUCUGGCCAACUCAAGUCGGUUAUCCGCCGCACCAAAGAGACCUCCAAUGUGCAUCCAAUGUUCAGGGAGGGAAUGUUGCGACGCAAAAUGGGACCGAUCAUUGUGAAUAAGAGCAACUCGCAAGACCGACUCAUUGAGGAGCUUCAGGGGAAACUGGGAAUUGGGCGGAUGGAGCGCAAGCGUAAACAACAGCCAGAUGAUUGGAUGACAGAGGGAGUCAUCGUCAUGUCCAACCCACAGCGAACACGGGAAGAAAGGGCCCAGCCAUCUGUGGAUAAGGUAGACCUAAGGGCGCACAGCAGGAGUCAGUGCUACUCUUGGACCACAUUAAACCAAGAGUUGAAAACUAUGUGUUCCUCUCGUAGUUGAGCUUUUAUUUGUUUGGCCUAUGGUUAAACUGGCAAAUAUCAAA